UCAGUCUCCGCUCUCUCUCUCUCUCUCUCUCGAUCUCGAUCUCGAUCGACUAUGCUAUCGCUUCUUGUUCCAGUCCUCUUGCUAAUCCUCAUCCUCCUCUCAAAAUUCACAUACUCCUAUCUAUGGAUCCCACUAAAGCUACAGCGCCACUUCACGGAGCAAGGCCUCCGGGGCCCCGGCUACCGUCUGAUCCUCGGCAACACGGCGGAGAUCAAGCGCCUGUUCGCAGAGGCUCAGUCGAAGUCCAUGCCCUUUGACCACAGGAUCCUCCGCAGGGCGGCUCCUUUCUACCACCACUGGUCCGUCGAGUAUGGGAAGACUUUUGUUUACUGGUUCGGCUCGAGGCCGAGGUUGGCAAUCUCAGAUCCGGACAUGAUCAAGGAGGUCCUGAUGAACACGGGCGGGUCGUACGGAAGGAUCGGGUUCAACCCGCAGGCCAGGGUGCUGUUCGGGCAAGGCCUUGUUGGGCUGGUGGGCGAGAAGUGGGCCGUUCACCGGCGGAUCGCCAACCAAGCCUUCACUAUGGAGAGAGUCAAGGGUUGGAUCCUGGAGAUCGUGGCGAGUACGGCCAAUAUGCUGGAGAUGUGGGAGGAGGUACGAGGAGGAAGAGAGGAAUUCGAGGUGGAGGUGCUGAAGGAGCUCCACGGACUCUCGGCAGACAUCAUCUCAAGGACUGCUUUUGGAAGCAGCUUCGAAGAGGGCAAGCGCAUAUUCGCCUUGCAGGAGCAGCAGAUGCACCUCUUCUCUCAAGCCAUCCGAAGCAUCUACAUUCCUGGCUUUAGGUUCCUGCCAACUCAAAAGAAUAGGGAGAGAUGGAGACUGGAGAAGGAAACACGGGACUCGAUCCGGAAGCUGAUCCAGAACAACUCAAAAUCAAGAGAGAAUUCGUCCAAUCUCCUGGCUCUCCUAACAUCCUCGUACGAAGAAGAGAGAUUAGGAGUGGAGGAAGUCAUAGACGAAUGUAAGACUUUUUACUUUGCGGGAAAAGAAACGACUGGCACACUCCUCACUUGGGCGCUUCUCCUUCUGGCGAAGCACCAGGAGUGGCAGGACAAGGCCCGGGAAGAAGUGAUCCGUGUUUGCGGGAAAACCGGGCUUCCAGCUGCAGAGAAUCUGAACGAGCUCAAGAUCGUAACAGUGGUAUUGAAUGAAACACUCCGACUGUACCCUCCUGUUGUGAUGAUAAUGAGGAAAACCUGUAAAGAUGUGAAGCUAGGAGACCUUCAAAUUCCGGCAGAGACACAGCUCUACUUGGCCACAACUGCUGUACAUCACGACCCUGAGAUAUGGGGCGAAGACGCGGAUGAGUUCAACCCGGCAAGAUUCACAAAGGCCAGAAAGCACCUGGCCUCGUUCGUCCCAUUCGGGCUUGGCCCCAGAAUCUGUGUGGGCCAGACCUUGGCCAUGGCUGAGGCCAAGGUUGCUCUGGCCAUGGUGGUCAAGCGAUUUGCUUUCGAGGUGUCGCCGUCUUACGUUCAUGCUCCCAUGCUUUUUGUGACCUUGCAGCCUCAGUAUGGAGCACAGAUCAUCUUCAGGAGGACUAAUGUUUGAUUCUUGUUCUUGUCCUUCCUUUUUGUUUCUGGGACUUCUGUUUGCAACAUAGUCACAUAGAAUAAGGGAGGACAGUCCUUCCAGUCUUUGGA